CAUAAAAGUGGCCCAGAAAAGGCAGAAGAAGGCCUUUGAACAGGCGAAGGGGAAGAAAUUUCAGUCUUUCUUAUUCAAAGAUGGGGAUGAGGUCAUGAAGGCCACAUGAGGAAGCAAGGGCGAAAAGGGGGCAAACUAGAAGGCAACUGGUCUGGGCCUUAUGUAAUUUCCUCCUUGUCGUCCAAGGGUGUGGCAACGCUGACCAGCAGGACAGGGGUUCAGCUGAAACAGAAGGCCAAUGUUUCCCAGCUGAAGCCUUUCAUUAGGCCUACAUUCAGAGACUCCUGCAAGCCCGAGCCUGAUGUCCCGACCCAAUUGGCCACUGACCACCAGUAUGCCUCCACUGGAGUGGUCUAUUUAAAGAAAAUAAAUCCUGUUCAGGACAUGCUGCUCAACUAUGCCCUUGACCUUAGCAGACCUGGAGGUGAAAUGCUGGUCAAAGAGGGGGAUGUCUGCCUGACAAGGGAAGACUUUUGGAGCUUGUGCCUUCCUAGGAACAUGGAGUCCAAUAUUGGAAACGCAUGUUUCAAACUUGUGGCGGAGACCGCCCGAAGACAUGGAAAAGACAUCCACGUUGUUGACGCUUAUGUGGUUCCAACUUGGAAGUCUGAAACAGUGGACCCUAUGGCUGGUCUUCCAGGUGACCUGCUGCAGAAGGACCUAAUCAUCCUCCCUGCCUGGAGCCGACAGCCAGGGAAAGCAGACCACUAUGUGCUUUGCGGACCUAGCACAGCGCAUUGCCCCAGGCCAGUGGAGAACUAAACAUGGCAGAGACUUGGAGAGUUUCCCGUGCCAAACCACCAGCAAUUACUGUGGUGUCCUCAUCCUGAUGGUAAAUAUCUUAUGUAGUCUCUAUUUAAGGUGUAUUGGUAUUAUUUGACACUGUCAUAACUUCAUAUGUUUCCCUUUUACAGUACGCAUUCUGCACCUGCACAGAUGCUCCAUUUCUUUUCACCGAGGUCAGUAUUUUAUUUAUGGGACAAAGGAGACAUAAAACCAACACCACUGUGUUGUUUCUUUUUAACGUAUAUUUAUGGAGACUUUACUCGAAACAGUA